UCGCGCUUGGACUGAGCGCGCGAACGCACCCACGUCCAGCGUACUGGCGGCCGCUCGGUUAGCUUUCUGUUAGCUUAGCAUUGUUCAUACUAUGGUUUAAAUAGCAACCGGAGGCCGAGCUGGGACCGAGUUUACUGGCUCCGCUUUUCAAAUAACAUCCCCGUGUUUCUGUCAAUCGCUUCAAGAUACGCACAAUGGCGGACAAGGAAGCCGGUGCGUUUGAUGAUGCUGUGGAGGAGAGGGUGAUCAAUGAGGAGUACAAGAUCUGGAAGAAAAACACUCCUUUUCUCUACGAUCUGGUGAUGACCCACGCUUUGGAGUGGCCCAGCCUCACUGCCCAGUGGCUGCCAGAUGUCUCCAGGCCAGAGGGAAAGGAUUUCAGCGUGCACCGGCUGGUGCUGGGAACACACACCUCUGAUGAGCAGAAUCACCUGGUUAUUGCUACUGUCCAGCUGCCCAACGAUGACGCCCAGCUGGAAGCGUCUCAAUACGACAGUGAUAAAGGAGAAUUUGGUGGAUUUGGCUCAGUAACUGGCAAGAUUGAGAUCGAAAUCAAGAUCAAUCACGAAGGAGAAGUAAACCGUGCUCGCUACAUGCCUCAGAACCCAUGUAUCAUUGCCACAAAGACCCCCACCUCGGACGUGCUGGUGUUCGACUACACCAAACAUCCUUCCAAGCCGGAUGUUUCUGGAGAGUGUCACCCUGACCUGCGGCUCAGAGGCCAUCAGAAAGAAGGCUACGGCCUCUCAUGGAAUCCAAAUCUUUCCGGUUGUCUCCUCAGUGCAUCUGAUGAUCAUACGAUCUGUCUGUGGGACAUCAGUGCCGUGCCCAAGGAGGGGAGGAUCGUGGAUGCCAAGACGAUCUUCACGGGUCAUACCGCUGUGGUGGAAGAUGUUUCCUGGCACCUGCUUCACGAGUCGCUGUUUGGAUCUGUGGCAGAUGACCAGAAGCUCAUGAUAUGGGACACUCGUUCCAACAACACCUCCAAACCCAGCCAUGCAGUAGAUGCACACACUGCAGAGGUCAACUGUUUGUCAUUUAACCCCUAUAGUGAGUUCAUCCUGGCCACUGGCUCAGCAGACAAGACUGUGGCUCUUUGGGACUUGAGAAACCUGAAACUGAAGCUGCAUUCCUUUGAGUCGCACAAGGACGAGAUCUUCCAGGUUCAGUGGUCGCCUCAUAAUGAGACCAUUUUGGCAUCAAGUGGGACGGAUCGUCGCCUCAACGUCUGGGACCUCAGUAAAAUUGGAGAGGAGCAGUCGCCAGAAGAUGCAGAGGAUGGUCCGCCUGAGCUGCUGUUUAUUCACGGAGGCCACACGGCAAAGAUCUCUGACUUCUCCUGGAACCCGAACGAGCCCUGGAUCAUCUGCUCCGUGUCCGAGGACAACAUCAUGCAAGUUUGGCAAAUGGCUGAAAACAUCUAUAACGAUGAAGAUCCCGAAGGCUCCACGGAUCCCGAAGCCACGGCGUAACUCCUCCUCCUCUUCCUCCAGCCUCGUCACAAUCCAUCACCUCAGAGCUUCCAACCAGCAACUUCCUCCUCCCGUCUGGAAAAACUGACUGUAAAUCCCGAGAGGAGAGUACGUAUUGUUUUUAAAGUGAUGAACUCUCCUGUUGGUAACUUCGCACCUCAGCCACUCGCCCAUGUUGUUUUUUUUUGCUGUGUACCUUAAUAUUUGUAUUUUUGUAGCCAACCCGGCUUCCUCUUUUUACACUGAAACGUUAAAGUUUCCGUAAACAAACAAAAGCUUUUACUGCCACGUCUCGCUCACACAGUGCACAGCAUUUUAACAUUUGCUUUGGAUUUGAUGUCGGUCAGGCUCAUUUGAAGGUGAGCCUGUGGUUACAAACAAUCAGUUGUUUUUUGUUUGUUUUUUUAACUUGGGCUGGUUUUCAUCUUAUUAGUCCGGGUGCUGAUUUACACACCAGCUGUUUUUUACUGAAUGCAUGUUUAAAUAGUCUAUUUUGGUCCCCCUCCCCUUUGCCUCAGUUGUUAGUAAAUGAAUUAAAUGUUAUCUUAUACAUUACAAGUGGAUUUUUCUUCUUUUUUUUUUUUUCUACGUUUUAAUAUUUUUCAACUGUACAGUGGAUGCAUUCCUAAUAAAAUGUCUUUGAUAGAC